UUUUUUUUUUUGUACCUAGAUCAAUAUAUUACGAUCUCUUGUCUAGUUUCUAUUUCAGUCUAUUAGAUCGUCUUUUUGUUUAUAUUCCAUUAUUCACUCUUUUUAAAACAAAGGAAACCAAUAUAGUUGAUGAUGGCUCCACAAUUCAAGACAGUUGUCACCAACGUACCUGCUUUAACCAAAGCAUUAUUGACUAGUGUAUUGAUGAUCACUGGUAUGGCCUCUAUUUAUAUUUACCGUCAACAAUUGAACUCUGAUACCCCUCUUGUGUAUUUUCACUGUCCUUUGCUUGGACUUGUCCCUGGCUUGGUAUUGUAUGCACCAUGGACUUUGGCCACUAGUUUAUUCUAUGAAAAUACUUUACUUUCUUUUAUACUAGCAAUGGUGGUACUUCUUUUGUGCGGUAAAUAUUUGGAACGAGUAUGGGGAAGUCGAGAGUUAUUUAAAUUCAUCAUGAUUACUGGUCUUGUAUCCAAUAUUGUUACCUGGUUUGCUAUGGUGAUGACUUUUUAUAUGACUGGCGAUGAUAAUUAUCUUUACAAUGUCCAAAUCAAUGGUCUUGCUGGUGUCUUCUCUGCCUUCUUGGUUGCUUUCAAAUUCUUGAUUCCUGAACAUAGACUCUCUCUUUUUGGUGGACUGGUAGCCAUUCGUGUAAAAAAUUUGAUUGGUGUCGCUACCUUAGUAAGUAUCAUCUGUUUGGUACUAUUCAAAGCUCUUGUUUUUUAUAAUUUGGUUAAUAUUGGUUGGGUUGUUGGUUGGAUCUAUAUUCGUUUCUUCCGUGUGCAAGAUGGUGUCCGUGGUGAUCGUAGUGAUGCUUUUGCCCUUGUCACUUUUUUCCCUCCUUUUCUCAGCCCUGUCAUCGGUUUCCUUUCUAAUGUCACGUAUCAAUUUUUUGUCAAGAUGAACUUAUGUCCUCCUAUGUCUCGUGGAUCAACAAUGUAUGAUAUGGAAAAUCAACGCCAUCCAACAACUCCUUUACCCGGAAGCGCUAGAGCAGAAGCAGAACGACGAAGAGCUUUGGCUUUAAAGGCUUUAGAUAUGCGAUUAUCGAAACCAUCUAGUUCGAGUCAAGUAUUAUCAUCAUCAUCAACAUCAACUUCUGCCGCUAUACCUACGAUAGCAACAACGAAUAACAAUACCUCUGUUCCUGUUAGUACCAGUUCAAAUAUCAAUACCUCAACAGUACAGGAACAACAACAAUUGGUUAAAAAUGAUAGUGUAUUAUUUGAUGCCACGACAGAAAUGAACAAGGAAGGGUAGUUAAGUGUUGUUUUGUAUAGUAUUAGUAUUAUAUAUUAUAUAAUUAUUUUUUAGAAAUAAAAAGAUCCAUUUAUUUAUCAUUCUAUAUACAAAACUAGAGCACAAGAAGAUUAACCACAAUAAUAUUUUCUUUCUAUAAAGUACACCAUUAAAAACAAUGAGCUUGCCCCUCGUUUUGAUCUCUACCUGGUCGCUAUUUAUACUCCGGCUCAAAAUUUUUUCUUCCAAUAAAGAAAAGAAAAAAAAGUUUUGGGCGGGGAGGGCUUUCCAAA